GCGAGUCACAUGGGUCCGGGCCUCAGGCGGCGGGCGCUGGUGCGACGUCAACGCAGCCCGCUAAGCUCCCUCGGCCGGUGUACCGGGGCUCAGCUGUGGCAGAGUCCUCCCAGGUCCCGGGUCCGGAGGUUUGCUGAGAACCUUUGUGGCUGUCAUGGAUAACUCCGGGAAGGAAGCGGAGGCCAUGGCGCUGUUGGCCGAGGCGGAGCGCAAAGUGAAGAACUCGCAGUCCUUCUUCUCCGGUCUCUUUGGAGGCUCAUCCAAAAUAGAGGAAGCGUGUGAAAUCUACGCCAGAGCAGCAAACUUGUUCAAAAUGGCCAAAAACUGGAGUGCUGCUGGGAGCGCCUUCUGCCAGGCCGCCCGGCUGCACCUGCAGCUCCAGAGCAAGCAUGACGCGGCCACCUGCUUUGUGGACGCUGGCAACGCCUUCAAGAAAGCCGACCCCCAAGAGGCCAUUAACUGUUUGAUGAGAGCCAUCGAGAUCUACACAGACAUGGGCCGAUUCACAAUCGCAGCCAAGCACCACAUUUCCAUUGCUGAGAUCUAUGAGACAGAGCUGGUGGACAUUGAGAAGGCCAUCGCCCACUACGAGCAGUCUGCAGACUACUACAAAGGCGAGGAGUCUAACAGCUCAGCCAACAAGUGUCUGCUAAAGGUGGCUGGCUACGCCGCCCAGCUGGAGCAAUAUCAGAAGGCAAUUGACAUCUAUGAACAGGUAGGAACCAACGCCAUGGAUAGCCCCCUUCUCAAGUACAGCGCCAAGGACUACUUCUUCAAGGCGGCUCUCUGCCACUUCUGCAUCGACAUGCUGAAUGCCAAGCUCGCUGUCCAGAGGUACGAGGAGCUGUUCCCGGCCUUCUCAGAUUCCCGGGAGUGCAAGCUGAUGAAGAAGUUGUUAGAAGCUCAUGAGGAACAGAAUGUGGACAGCUACACAGAGUCGGUGAAGGAGUACGACUCCAUCUCACGGCUGGACCAGUGGCUCACCACGAUGCUGCUGCGCAUCAAGAAGACCAUCCAGGGCGAUGAGGAGGACCUGCGCUAGGCCCUGUCUCCCGCCUGUCUUCUGUCUGCUCAGAGAGGCGGGGCCUGAGACUAGCUCGCCUUGAGACCUUCCCUCCCCUUCCCCACCUGGGGAGUCUUGCAGGCCACGUGGGUGGCAGUGUGGGCUUAGCACCACUUCAGGGUGCCAGAGGCCAGGGCCUGCUGGCUGGACAGUCACCCUCUGUUCUCGCUACAUCCCUCACCCCUGCCCAUUUAUUUAAGCCCUUGAAGGUGUCCUCCACCCAAGAAACCAGGUGUACAGAAUCUUUAAUAGAGACCUGUUUGCUCUGGGUCCUGCCGGAGUCUGGGAUCAGCGUCUGGUCCUGGCUCCUGAGCAGCUGAGCCGCAAGGUCGGCGGCUUCUCACCCACCUUGUCCCUAGAUGAGUCCUAAGUACACACAGCCACUGAGAUUUGCUCUCACUGCUCGGGGUGCGUUUUGCCCCAACAUUCUGCAGCCCCUACCUCUCAGGUCAGCUCUGGGCCCUGGAGCCCAGAGGGUGUCCCCCACACCCACCCUUGCGCCUGCUCCUUCCCUAGUGCUUCAAGGUUUUGUCGGUUGGUUGGAAGCUGCGGCUGCCCGAGAAGGAAAAUAAAAAUCGCCACUUUUGCAUGA